AUGUUAAUAAAGUCCCUUCUCUUUGGUGAUUCUCUGUCUACUUUGUGGUCUUGGACUUACCUUCUUGUGUUUCGUUGUUUUUUUUUUUCGAUUUCUCAUGUGUUAGGAAAACUUGCUUUGGAGAGCCUCGAAGUUCCUGUUGGCUGUGUAAUUGUUGAGGAUGGGAAAGUAAUUGCAUCGGGAAGAAAUCGAACUAAUGAGACAAGAAAUGCCACGAGACAUGCUGAGAUGGAGGCUAUUGAUGUUAUUCUUGACCACUGGCACAGGAGUGGGCUUUCUGCGACAGAAGUUGCAGAAUUUUCAAGAUGCAUCCUUUAUGUUACAUGCGAACCUUGUAUAAUGUGUGCCUCAGCAUUAUCGAUCCUUGGCAUAAAGGAGGUGUACUAUGGGUGUGCCAAUGACAAGUUUGGAGGUUGUGGAUCUAUUUUGUCAUUGCAUAUAGGUGCCUCUGAGCUGCAGGAUAGUGAAGGAAAUUCACGAGCAAGGGGUUUCAAAUGUUACGGAGGCAUAAUGGCAUCAGAAGCGGUCUCCCUUUUCCGAGAUUUUUAUGAGCAGGGGAACCCCAAUGCUCCAAAGCCUCACAGACCUCGGGCUGCUCAGUCAUCUAGCUAGAUCUUCAUUGGUAUUUGGUCCAUUUCGGCAUCCCCAUAAAUGAAAGGUGCACUAUCCGGGAGGACAUGAUGCUCCUAUGUUGUCGAUUAACCAAUGCUUGGUGGACCCUUGAAGUUGCUCCAAACUUAUGUUUUCAUCUGACCUGAUGUCAAACUGUCUGAGAUCAUCAUGAGAUAGAUCCCGAUAAGUUUAGAGAUGUCUCUCUUUGUUUCCCUUUCUUUUUCGCUGUUAUUGAGAAAGCUGAGGAUGUCUGUUAAUGCAAAGCAUCCUCGAGGAUGGAUAACAUACCGAUGUUUUGUAGAAAUAUUCCAUGCCUACAAUAUUGUCUAAUGGAAGUAACUGUAGAUUUUGCA